GUCAUCGUCAGAAUGGCCAGGGAUCGUUCUGGUUCGGACUAUUCGGAGAACAUGAGCGACGCCACCACCUGCAGUUGCACCACGAAUUCCAUCGACAAGUGUUCGUUACGAGGCUGCGGCAUGUUCCAAGAGCCGUUCUUCCUGCACCCUCCUGGGUCCAGGCCACGGGACGGUAUCUACAUAAAUCCUAUGAGCGCGUACAUCGGCGAGCCAGCCGCGAAACAAAAGGACACCACAGCUACCGGUGCAGAGUCCUUCUAUCUUCACAGUCCCCACGAUCUCGUCUACACCAGAAUCACACGGCUGUUCACCGACACGGAGAACAAGCAUCGGCACCUGGAGAGGAAAGAGGAAACUUUGACCGUGAAAGUGGACGUGCACGUCAACAACGGUGUUACCGAGCGACCGUCCAGCGGGAACUGUUACGCGGCCAAGCCCGAACAAACCGUUCGCGAGCAGACGGAACACGCGUACGAGCAGAUCUGCCCGCGACAGGAACCGGAACCCGGUGGCACGACCGUUCAAAAACGAUUGUCCGACAACCCAUCCGAUGGCAGUCGUUCCCGUAAGACCGAUCGAAGAUUCAGUCGAUCGAGCAGCGCGAGCGAGUCGUCGAACCUCAGCAGCAACGAGGUGCCUUGCUUCUCGUCCAGCGCUUCGACACCGUCGCUCUCGCGGCACAGCAGCAACGAACGAAUCGGCAAGACGGCGAAGAUCGGCACCGAAUCGUCGCACGAGAAAAAAGACUGCACCGGCUCGCAAGUAGAAAGCGAAAAGGAAGUUAAACCGGCUGGCACCGGAGCUAGUUUCGCGAAACCGCCCCCGCCACCACCGCCGCCACCGCCACCGGACAGGGAGGACGUGGUUGUGCUCGUGGUGAACUCGAAGCAGACAACGGACGCAACUACGCGCGACGGGAAAAAGGACGACGAGGCGAACAGGGAUGGAAAGAUCGAAAACGGGCCGAUUGCCACUUUAGCGACCAACAAGUCCGACGUAUCCUGCGGCGAGCAUCAACAGCCGGAAGUGGCCGGGUCUGCCAGUCCAACGGCGGACACCGAGGAAAUUAAGGCGAUCCAAACGGCCCAUCUGGUGAACAGGCACAUGGUGCUGCCGUUUAUACCGCCGCAGUUCGCGAACGCGGACUCGAACACGUUACUGAAGCCGUCCGAGUAUCUCAAGAGCAUCUGUAAAACCACAUCGAAGAGCAGUAGUCUGUCGAAGGCAAGGUCGGUGGACAAUUUGGAUAUACAGAGCAGAGGGGAUCGACGGGAGACGAUCGCAACGGCGGAUGAGGAACAAACGGAGGAGGAAGUGGCGGUAGCAGAGGGCGAUCGAGGCGGAGAUAAGGAUAAAGAGACGACUUCGGGACCGCCACCGCCGCCACUGUCGCCACUGCAACGAUCGCGACGAAACGGCGAGGAGCCCGGUACCGGAAACGGGUCCGGUACCGGUAACGGGACCACCGAGCUCGAUCAAUCGAACGCUAGAAACUCGCAACCACUCGCGACCAUCAGUAUCCAAGACCUGACGAGCAUACAGCUACGCAGAACCACGGCGAAAAUGAACGCUACCAAAACGUUCAACGCUCCACCGCCACGCAGUGUGUCCAUGACUAACGUUUCAGAGCCGUUCUUCGUUCAAAAGACGGAUUUAAUCGCGGAAUUGAAAAAGACUAAAGAUAUUCCGGGGAUCAAGAAGAUGAAGGUUGAAAUGGCCCAGGUCGAGAAGACGCAGGAGCAGAAUCUCAUGUCGGAGAUCAGUAAGGCGUUCAGCGUUUCGAAUUUCGUAGAUCAGAUUCCCGAGAAGGACAGUUCCGGGAACCUGAUACCGAUAUGGAAGCGUCAAAUGCUCGCCCGGAAAGCGGCCGAACGCGCGAAGAAGGAACUGGAGGAGCAAAUAGCCAGGGAGAACGAGGAGAGACGGCAGAAAGCGAUUCCUGCGUGGAAGAGGCAACUCCUCGCCAAAAAGGAUCACGAGGAGAAAAGACUGAACCACGCGCAAACGUUGCCGCCCGCAAAGGUGGACGUGGUGCCGAUGUCCCAGAAACGGGACGCCUCGCCGUCCGCGACAAAUCGCCAGGAGGAACCGUCCGAACCCGAGGAGAAGAAAAACGACGCAACCACAAGCCCCCCUGGGAAUCGCGUUGCCCAAGCGAAUGAUCCAGAGGACGAAGAAGACAACGCACAGAUCAUACCGUGGCGAGCACAGCUCCGAAAAACGAACAGCAAACUGAACAUCCUGGACUGA